GUCAUUCGAAUCAGUCUUGCGGCGGAAGCGAAUGUGUAUAGUACGUUUCAAUUGAGAUAACGAGCUACUACGAGCUAGGUGGAAAAAAUUACAAUUAGAAAAAUUGUGAAAAAAUAGUUCAUUGAAAUUCAUUACCUUUACAAAUCUGGGUUUAUUUCUAACUGUUGAAAAAAAAAAAAAAAAAAAAACUGUGUUAAUAGCACAUCAUAUUGUGUUGUGUAUAACUAAAGGUGAAAUUUCGAAGGAAUAAUAGAAGAGAAAACAUCCCCCCUUAAGAACUAAGUGUGGUAUAAAAAAAGUGUUACAAUUCUGUGUCAGAGAAGAAAAUAUUGAAAAAAAAAAAAAACGAAGGAAAAAUCUUCAAAUUGCAUCCCAGCUUGUUUCCAGUGAAUAUCAACUAGUUACCAAAGUUGAAUACUUAAAAACAUGUCUACCAGUCCGAAGCCAGUUAAAAAAGUUCCCAUCCAUUUACAGAGUGCUCAAAACCGGGUUUACAUCAAAAAUGGCCAAAUUGUUAAUCACGAUAAAACCUUCAAAGCCGAUGUCUACAUUGAAGAUGGCACUAUCAAAUUUGUUGGACCACCCUCCGAAAUUGUUGUACCUGGCGGUGUGCGCGUCGUAGAUGCUUCCGGUCGUUUGAUCAUACCUGGUGGCAUUGAUCCACACACCCAUUUUCAAUUGAAGGUAGGCGGAACGGUGACAGCCGAUGAUUUCUAUCAUGGCACCAAGGCAGCUGUGGCUGGCGGUACCACGACCAUCAUCGAUUGUGUAUUUCCGGAGAGAAGUGAAUCCCUCGUCGAGGCCUAUGAUAAUUGGCGAGCGUGGGCUGAUCCCAAAGUAUGUUGCGACUACGCUUUGCAUGUGGGUCUAACAUGGUGGUCCAAAUCUGUAUCUUCGGAAAUGAAAAUCAUGUGCGAAGAACUGGGUGUAAAUUCAUUUAAAUUGUCCAUGGCCGAUAAGGGUGUUAGUCAACUAAAUGAUUCAGAGCUCUUGGACGCCCUCGAACGCAUACGGUCAUUGGGAGCCUUGGCUUUGGUUCAUGCCGAAAAUGGCGAUAUUAUUGCCAAGAAUGUUUCAAAACUUUUAGCAUCGGGGGUGGUUGGUCCCGAAGGUCAUGAGUUAUCACGUCAGGAGGAAGUCGAGGCAGAAGCUGUAAAUCGGGCUUGUAUUUUGGCUCAUCAGAUGAAAGCUCCGCUGUAUGUCACAUCGAUCACAUCCAAGUCAUCGGCUGAAAUUGUGGGCCGGGCCCGACGCAGCGGUUAUUGUGUCUUUGGUGAAACCCUGGCCAGUUCAAUUGGUCGUUCCAUGCAUGGCAUUCCCAAACAUGAACGCAUCUAUUACACCACCAGUCCUCCAAUUCGUGAAUCCCCUGAAACGCCAAGCCAGUUGAUGAAAUCAUUGGCAUAUGAUGACCUGCAAGUCACCGGCAGUGAUAAUCGCACCUUCAAGAAAGAGGACAAAACCCGUGGCAUGCAUGAUUUCUCGAAAAUCCUUAGCGGUACAAAUGGUGUCGAGGAUCGCAUGUCCAUUGUAUGGGAAAAGGGCGUACAUGCCGGGCUCUUCGAUCCCAGCCGUUUUGUGGCCGUCACCAGUACCAAUGCUGCCAAAAUCUUCAAUUUGUAUCCGCAGAAGGGACGCAUUGCUGUCGGUUCGGAUGCCGACGUUGUCAUUUGGAAUCCCAAUGCCACCCGCACAAUAUCCAAAGAUACCCAUCACCAUCGUGUCGAUUUCAAUAUUUUCGAGGGUAUGGUUUGCCAUGGUGUACCCGAAAUGGUGUUGGUCCGUGGCCGAGUGUCUGUGGAACAUGGUUCAGUGCGAGUGGCCGAAGGUUUUGGCCGUUUCUUGAAUCCCGAAGUCCGUUCACCAUAUGUCUACGAUGUGUUGGAGGGAAAGGUGAACCUGAACGAAGAACGCAAUGGCGAGGAUCAACAUGCCGAUGAACAGCUGAAUGGCGAUAUGAAGAAAAUGAAUAUGACCGCUUUGGAAAUUGAAAUACCAUAUCAAGAAUCAUUGUCACCCUCGCAAUGUCUGGCAGCCGGUGGUGGUGGCGGUUCGAUCGGUACAAAUUCACCAUGUGGUCUUGGCCAUGUAGCCGGUUCGAGGAAUAUGCAAGAAUCGACAUUUUCAAUAAGCGAGGAAUUGGAUAAGUCUGGCAAUCGUUCAUGCAUCAAAGUCCGAAAUCCUCCAGGUGGCAAAUCGUCUGGCUUCUGGUAAAUCGCUGUGUCACCAAACGCUGAGGGAGACAUCCUUAUCGCACAACAAAUCCAAAAGAAAUAACAUUUUGAGAUGACUUUGUCAAGGAAAGGUGGAUAAGUGGGUGGCACCUGCAAUUCUAACGCCAUCACUCAUUCUGCCGAGUAUAACAACAACAUAGAUGAGACAGAAAACAACAACACUUAAUUGACCAAUUAUAAAAAAAUACCUAUAUAUUAUACACCUAUUUAUUUAUUUUGUUUUUAUUUAUUUAUUCAUAAACUAAUUUUAAUAUUAAACUAUUUAAACGCAUACACACACACUUACUCACCCCUCACUCACACUUAAUGCUAAAUACCAAAAUCAAAUUGUUUUUAAUAUUUUAAAUUAAAAUAUGAGUUGAUGAAUUUGUUUGUUCAUUUGUGUUUUUUUUUUUGCAACAAUAUAAUUAAACAAAACUAGUUAUACAACAAAUAUGUAUGUAAUUUAGUAAACUAACACAGCAUAUUCAUACACAUUACCAUUAGGAUAGGCAAGUUGCAUACAAACAAAAACAAUUAUUUAUAUAUGUUUUACAUAUGACAUUUAUUUACAAUAAUUGUAACCAAUGUGGAUAGGGUUAGGUCCCCCAAAACAAUUUUCUAAUAAAAUUAAAUUUAAUAAUUAUUUUUUAUUUUUAUUUUUAAUAU